AUGGCGGCGGAAAUGGGAGCUAGUGUGGAUAUGCGCAUGGGUUUGGGGAUCCAAGGUGCAGAGGGCGGCAGCAGAGCUCUGUGUGAGGGUGCAUGGGUGGCAGUGUUGUGUCUGCUAUGGUUUGCGCUGAGCACGGGUGGCAGCAUGAUCAACAAGCUGAUCCUGAGCACCUUCCCGUUCCCGGUGACUUUGUCGCUGUGUCACUUCCUGGUGCUGUGUGCUGGACUCCCACCUCUGCUCCGAGCUUGGCGUGUGCCCGCAGCACCACCUGUCUCAAGCCUGGGGUCCAGCCCACCUGCCUCACCCAGCCAGCAGUUGCCUCCGCAUUUCUACCCACGCUAUGUGCUGCCGCUUGCCUUCGGCAAGUACUUCGCAUCCGUGUCGGCGCAUGUGAGUAUCUGGAAGGUGCCCUUGUCCUAUGCGCACACCGUCAGGGCCACCAUGCCCAUCUGGGUGGUCCUCUUGUCCCGGGUCAUCAUGAAAGAGAAGCAAAGUACCAAGGUGUACUUGUCACUCAUCCCCAUCAUCAGCGGCGGCCUACUGGCCACUGUGACCGAGUUGUCUUUAGAUGUGUGGGGACUCCUCAGCACCCUCGCUGCCACACUCUGCUUUUCGCUUCAGAACAUAUUCUCCAAAAAGAUAUUGAAGGAUUCUCAGAUCCAUCCGCUCCGUCUGCUGAACAUCCUGGGCUGCCAUGCCAUUUUCUUUAUGAUCCCCACGUGGGUCUUGGUGGACCUCUCUGCUUUUCUAGUCAGCAGCGACUUGACAGACGUCUCGCAGUGGCCCUGGAUGCUCCUGCUCCUGGCUGUAAGUGGCUUCUGCAACUUUGCCCAGAGCAUCAUCGCCUUCAGCAUCCUCAACCUUAUCAGCCCCCUUAGCUACUCGGUCGCCAAUGCCGCCAAGAGAAUCAUGGUGAUCAUCGUAUCCCUGAUAACGCUGCGCAACCCAGUCACCAGCACCAACCUCCUGGGCAUGAUGAUGGCCAUCCUGGGGGUCCUCCUGUACAGCAAGAUCAAGUCCGAGGCAAACCAGCAGGCCCAGAAGCACCUCCUCCCCAUCACCGUGGCUGACCUGACUGGCACCCAGCGAGAGCAGAGGGUCCUUUCUCGGCAACCUGGGGGCUACCAAUAUGGCCACAACGUCUUAACAGAGCACUUUCAUUAGAGCCAGCAGAGCUUCUCAAACUCAGAGUUUCAACCCUUAGGAUGUGUAGAAGCUAGGGGAUGA